AUGUGUAAUUUUUUUUAUUUUGAAGUUGUUGCUUUAAUUCUAUCUAUUAUUUUGGGAUGUUUAGCAUUAAGAGAAUGUUAUAAUUCUAGAAAUUGUCAUAUUCAUGCACGAGUAUUAAUAUUUUGUAUUAUGGUUGAUAUAAUAAUGUCAGAUGUGGGAGAAAUAUUUCAUUCAUAUUUUAUUGGAUGUAAAAAAUUGAAUCAUGAUGAAUUAUUUCUAGAAUUAACACAUUUACUUUUUUUAUCAGGAAAUAUUAAUUCUAGUUUUGUUUGUACUUUACUAAUAUUAGAACAAAUUAUUGGAACAAAAUAUAGUAAAGUAUAUGAAAAAUUAAAUCAAAAAUGGCUUCUUAUCGUAAUUCAUAUAAUAUCAUUUGUAAUAUUUUGUUUAUUAAGUUAUAUUUUAGAAAAUGAGUUUAUUGCUAUAUAUAUAGAAUUAAUUUCAUUAUUUAUUGCUAUAAUUUUAUGUUUAAUUCUUUAUUUUUAUUCUAUUAAAAAGAAAAAUGGUGUAAUUUUUCUUAAACCUAAUGUAACAAGUAAUCGUUUAUUAUCACAAAAAUACAUUUUGAAUCAAAUUAAAAAAAUUUCAAAAAAAAUGAUACCAUUUAUUUUAAUAUUUUUAUUACAUUCAUUAGUAAAUGUUAUCAUUUCAACAUUAACACAUUUUUCAAAAUUUCCAGAAUAUGAAACAAAUAUUUAUACUAUUAUAAUUAAAAUAAAUUUUGUAUCAAGAAAUAUGUUUACACCAAUAUUUUUAGUAUUUUUUUUUUCACCUAAAUAUUUAAAAAUAUCAUUUUGUUGGUGUAAAUUUAAUAAUAAUAAUACUCAAGCAAAGACAGUUGUUAUUAAAACAAUUAAUGAAUGCCAUUUAUAUUUUAAUCAACUUAAACAACAAUGGAAAUAA